UAUGCACAUCAAGUAACGCUUCCCUUCUCGUGGACAUCGAUCGUACCCUGGACGAGCCAUUGCAAGUACCUCCAAGGAUUAACGCAGGUCUGUUGCCCCCACGCGAUGAAUUCCCAUCUAAUCUGCUACAUCUCUCUCCUCUACCUCUCGUUCCCGAUUCCGAUUCGUUACCUAGAAACCCCCGUCCUCGCUCGAAGCGCCAUUUGAAAUGCCUACCCUCGGGCUUCGAGAGUUCCGGGAGAAGUUCGCCGCCCAGCUUGCCCCCUGCCACCGCUCGCUCCAGUUCUGGGUUCGAGCCGUCGACGUGUACACGACCUACAAGGUGUGCCAGUUCCGAGCGGGUCUCGUCAAGGAUGCGGAGAAGCGGGAGGCGAUGUGGGAGAGGCAGCACGAGAUCGCGGCCGUUAAGAUGUACUCCCUCUGCUCUGAGCUUGGUGGGCUCUUCCUAAAGGCUGCACAGAUUCUUGGAAAACCUGAUUUAGCUCCAGCAGCAUGGGUAAAACGACUGGUCACUUUAUGUGAUAAGGCUCCUGCUACCCCAAUUUCAGUAAUCCAGAAAAUAUUGGAGGAGGAGUUGGGACAAAAUUUCAGUGAUAUUUUUGAGCAAUUUGAUGCUGAACCUCUUGGAUCUGCUUCAAUUGCACAGCAGGUUCAUCGAGCAAAACUCAGAGGUCUAAAGACUGAUGUCGCAAUCAAGGUUCAACAUCCUGGGGUUCAACAUUUGAUGAUGAUAGAUAUUCACAACUUGCAAGCAUUUGCCUUGUUUUUACAAAAGACAGAUAUCAAUUUUGAUUUGUUCUCACUCACCAAAGAAGUUGAGAAACAGGUUGCUUAUGAAUUUGAUUUCCUGAGAGAAGCUGCAGCCAUGGAAAAAAUUAAUAAGUUUUUUCAUGAUAACAACAAGAAGGCUCCUGUUUUGGUACCACGUGUCAUUCCAGGCAUGGUGACCAGGAAGGUCUUUGCAAUGGAAUUUAUUGAUGGUAUCCCGAUAAUGAAUCUUGGUGAUGAAAUGGCAAAAAGGGGCAUUGAUCCUGGUGGUAAAUUUGCGGCACUUGCAAAGCAGAAAAUCUUGAAAAGUUUGACACUUGCAUAUGGUCAAAUGAUAUUAAAGAAUGGCUUUUUUCACGCAGAUCCACAUCCAGGAAACAUACUUAUCUGCAAGGGCUCAGAGGUUGCCUUACUUGAUUACGGCCAAGUGAAGGAUCUUCCGGACAGUUUGAGGCUUGGAUAUGCAAAACUUGUGCUUGCUAUGGCUGAUAGUGACCCUCUAAUGGCUAAACUGAGUGUCGAGGAGCUUGGUAUCAAAACCUUGAGCACACAUGCAGAUGGUGACCAGGAACUGUUGACGCUAGCACGAAAAAUGUUUGACACUAAAUUCUCUCCUGGAGUAACUAUGAUUUCACCAUUUUCAGAAGACUCUUCUUUGAACAAAAUCACUGUCCAGAGGUUCCCGGAGGAACUAUUUUCUGUUCUCCGGACAAUGCAGCUGUUGAGAGGACUUAGUGUGGGGAUGAGAAUCUACUGCUCGUGUGCUGAACAGUGGAGGCCAAUUGCGGAAGAAGUUCUUUACAAAGCUGGAAGGCUCAAAGCCGAGGAUCUGAAAGCAAAUAAACAUGGCUUUUUUAGAAGAAUAUUGCGAAAAUAGGACUUCAUUAGCUAUGUAUUCCGAAAUGGAUGUUCUUAUCGAAGGCACUACCAAGGCUGUUUACAUCCUCUGCUAAAGCUUCAAAUGGACAUCGCACUUGGUUGAACACGUUUGAGGGUGAUGUUAAAUUGAUGUUUCUUUAUACAAAUUUAUUAUGAUUAUGGAUACCCAUUAAAACACAUUAUUGUGGAAUAGUUGUAAACUUUCUGAAAUAUUUCACAGGGAAACUGUUGGUUGUUCGAC